AUGGAGAACAACACUGUGCUUCCAUUGAUGAACGCUACUAUUCUCCUCCUUCUUCUUCUUUCUGGAGUAACUUCCCUUUCUGCGACUUACCCCAAUACAAUCCACGGCGACUGCUCCGACAAGUGCGGGAACGUCACCGUUCCGUACCCUUUCGGAAUCGGGGACCCCAAAUGCGCAUUAUCUGAGGCCUUCUUCCUCAAUUGCACUAGUAGUACUAGUACUAGUUCCUCCGCCGUCGCCGCGGCGGCUCCGCCGCCUGAGCUACUGCUCGGUAACAUUCCCGUCACCAACAUCUCCCUCGAGGAAGGCACCUUAUCCAGCAUCGUGUACGCCGCCUACAGCUGCUACGACGGGAACGGUUUGAUGGAGGACCACUAUUUCAAUCAGUCGAUCUCGCUCGAGGGAGGACCCUUCAGAUUCUCCGACGCCCACAACAAACUCACGGUCUUCGGCUGCGACGCCAUGGCGGUAAUGACCGACUCCCCCGGCAACUUCGGAAGCGGCUGCAUCUCCUUCUGCAACGGCGUUUCCGCCGCCAACGUCUCGCGGAGGAUUUCGGCCGCCGCGAACGCGUCGGUCUGCUCCGGGAUCGGGUGCUGCCAGAGCUUGAUCCCCCAGGGAUUGCAGACGCUGGAUUUCACGGUGGAGCGCCCGGGGAACAACCUGAGCGACAUUUGGGAGUCGAAUCCUUGCGUUUUCGCUUUCCUAGGGGACAACAGGUUUUUCGAUUUCGCCGGCUUGGACCUGGGCGAGAUUCCCGACCGAAAUCCGAGUUUGAGCACAGCGAUCGAGUGGGUGGUCGAGGAGAAGCACUGCGAGGAGGCGAGAUCGAACGCGCCGAGCUCUUACGCUUGCCGCGAGGACUCCGAUUGCGUUUACUCCGAGAACGGGAAUGGUUACAGGUGCUUGUGCAAGCCCGGGUUCAGAGGAAACCCCUACCUUGGGUGCCAAGACAUCAAUGAAUGUGAGGAGCCAGAGAAUUACCCAUGUCAUGGACGUUGCAAGAACACAAAGGGGAACUAUACUUGUAGUUGUCCGGUUGGGAUGCGUGGCGACGGCAAAGUUGCUUGCCAAGUAUCCAGUGUUACGGCCAUUGUUGCAGCAACCGGAGGCAUCAUCUUGCUAGUCACGAUCGUUCUUCUGGCCUUCAUCAUCUACAGACGAAGAAAGAGAGAGAAGAACUUCUUGCUCAACGGUGGAAUGCUAUUGAAGCACCAAAGAGUGAGAAUCUUCAAAGAAUUCGAGCUCUCCAAGGCCACCAAAAACUACGACGCCACCCACUUCCUCGGCGAAGGAGGAUUCGGCCGUGUCUACAAAGGAAUCCUCCCUGACAACACCGUCGUGGCAAUCAAGAAACCUAAAGGCUCGAUCGACAAGGCUCAAACCAUCAACCAAGAAUUUGAGCACGAAAUCACCAUCGUCUCGCAGGUGAACCACAUCCACGUCGUCAAGGUGGUCGGGCUCUGCCUCGAGACCAAGCUCCCGCUCUUGGUCUACGAGUUCAUCCCCAACGGCACCCUCUUCGACCACGUUCAUAGGCAGAGGUCUGAUCUCAUGUCUACAUGGAAAAACCGACUGAGAAUCGCGACGGAGAUUGCUCAGGCGCUCGAUUACAUGCACUCGCUGGCGAACCCGCCAAUCAUCCACGGGGAUAUCAAGUCGACCAACGUUCUCAUCGACGAGGGUUUUCGCGCCAAAGUCGCCGACUUUGGCGCCUCUGUUCUGAUCUAUCCCGACCAGGCAACCGCCAUGUUUGAUAAGAUCCAAGGCACGUUGGGUUAUCUCGACCCCGAGUAUCUCGUGACGGGUAAUCUCACCCCGAUGAGCGAUGUGUACAGCUUUGGAGUCGUGAUGGUCGAGCUUCUGACAGGGCAGAAGCCUUACUCUGGAAGCUCGACCAGAACCGAGGAGAAGGUUAAUUUGGUUCAGUAUUUUCUGAGUUCGAUCGGAGAUAUGAAUUUGGGAAGGAUUAUAAAUUGUGUGGUGGUUCGAGAAGGGGAGAUGGAGGAGAUUGAGGCGUUUGCUGAGGUGGCGCGGAGGUGCUUGAGUUCAAGUGGGAUAAAGCGGCCUGCGAUGAAGGAGGUGGCGGAGGAGCUUGGACGGCUGUUGAGGAGGUUGGAUAAGAAAUAUUGGGAGUCUGAUCGGAAGGGUGAUAACGGCGGGGAGGAGAUGGAGUGUUUGUUGAGGAAGAAUGGUGGCGAAUCUUGUUCGAUGUCGUUUGGUGGGGGUUCGGAGUUUUGGUCAGGGAGGACGGAGGAGCUGCCGGCGACAGAAACUCAUAGCAUUGUUGCUAUGGAAAUGGGGUCGUAUGAGAUUUUCCGAUGA